AGGAUUGGAAAGCAUUUAAGCAAGGACCAUUUGAGACACUCUUGUCAUUUACUUUCUGGUAAGUCAGUAUUUGAUGCUUCAGUGGAAAGUAAUUUUCCCCUUCAUUUUACCUUUCAGUGUUUCUUCUGCAUGAAACCUUCCUGAGUAUUAGGUAAUAAUUCAAGGGGGGUUUCACUGGCGCAGCUGUAACCAAUUUGAGUCCAAAGCAUAAACUUUCAGGUUCCAUCUCUUACUAUCCUUCUGAAAAUGCCAUUUAUUCUUAGUCUGCCUAAUCCCCAUGGCUUGUUCUCCUCAGUCCUACACGCCUCCAAGCAAUGAGUUCAAGAUCAGCAUGAAAUUGGAAGCACAGGACCCUAGGAACACCACAUCCACCUGUAUUGCCACAGUCGUUGGACUGACAGGUGCUCGCCUCCGCCUUCGCCUUGAUGGCAGCGACAACAAGAAUGAUUUCUGGCGGCUGGUUGACUCAGCUGAAAUUCAGCCUAUUGGGAACUGUGAGAAGAAUGGGGGUAUGCUGCAGCCCCCUCUGGGAUUUCGGCUGAAUGCCUCCUCUUGGCCCAUGUUCCUUUUGAAGACGCUCAAUGGAGCAGAGAUGGCUCCCAUCAGGAUUUUCCACAAGGAACCACCAUCGCCUUCCCACAACUUCUUCAAAAUGGGAAUGAAGCUAGAAGCUGUGGACAGGAAGAACCCUCAUUUCAUUUGCCCAGCCACUAUUGGGGAGGUGCGGGGCUCAGAGGUGCUUGUCACUUUUGAUGGGUGGCGAGGGGCCUUUGACUACUGGUGCCGUUUCGACUCCCGGGACAUCUUCCCUGUGGGCUGGUGUUCCUUGACUGGAGACAACCUGCAGCCGCCUGGCACUAAAGAACAUCAUCUUAAAAGAACAACUAACUUGGAAUUUUGGCAGACACUUUCUCCAAAAUUAAGUGAAACUUCAAGAAAGACAACCUUUGUGAUUCCAAAGACUCCCUAUCCUGCAUCUGAUGUGAACCCUGAGAAGCCCAGCAUCCACAGCAACACCAAAACUGUCUUGGAGCAUCAACCAGGGCAGAGGGGACGUAAACCAGGAAAGAAGCGGGGCCGGACAUCCAAGCCCCUAAUUCCCCAUCCCAUCUCUACCCCAUCCAAGUCAGCUGAACCUUUGAAAUUCCCAAAGAAGAGGGGUCCCAAACCUGGCAGUAAGAGGAAACCUCGGACUUUGCUGAACCCACCACCCACCUCACCAACAACCAGCACCCCUGAACCGGAUACCAGCACUGUACCCCAAGAUGCUGCCACCAUCCCCAGCUCAGCCAUGCAGGCCCCCACAGUUUGUAUUUACUUGAACAAGAAAGGCAGCACGGGCCCCCACUUAGAUAAGAAGAAGGUCCAGCAGCUCCCCGACCAUUUCGGACCAGCCCGCGCCUCCGUGGUGUUGCAGCAGGCCGUCCAGGCUUGCAUCGACUGUGCUUAUCACCAGAAAACCGUCUUCGGCUUCCUCAAACGGGGCCACGGUGGUGCCGUAAUCUCAGCCGUGUUUGACCGUGAGCAGCACACCCUCAACCUCCCAGCAGUCAACAGCAUCACCUACGUCCUCCGCUUCCUGGAGAAACUCUGCCACAACCUUCGCAGUGACAAUCUGUUUGGCAACCAGCCCUUUACACAGACUCACUUGUCACUCACCACCGCAGAGUACAGCCACAGCCACGACAGGUACCUACCAGGUGAGACCUUUGCCCUGGGAAAUAGUCUGGCCCGGUCCUUGGAGCCACACUCAGACUCAAUGGACUCCACCUUGAAUCCCACCAACCUUGUCAGCACCUCGCAAAAUGUUCGAACCCCUGGGUACCGGCCCUUGCUUCCAUCCUGUGGCCUUCCACUGAGCACUGCCUCAGCUGUGCAUAGGCUCUGUUCGAGGGGGUCAGACCGAUAUCUGGAGAGCCAGGAUGCCUCUCGACUCGGUGGCCGGGACCCCUCUUCGUGGACAGUGGAGGAUGUGAUGCAGUUUGUCCGGGAAGCUGAUCCUCAGCUGGGACCCCACGCUGACCUCUUUCGCAAACACGAGAUCGAUGGCAAGGCCCUGCUUCUGCUGCGCAGCGACAUGAUGAUGAAGUACAUGGGCCUGAAGCUGGGGCCCGCUCUCAAGCUCUCCUACCACAUUGACCGGCUGAAGCAGGGCAAGUUCUGAACAGGGAGACGCAGCUAGACAACCAAGGGGCGGAGCACAGGGCCGCCAGCCCGCUCCCAGACACCUCAGUGAGGUCCAGGCGCCUCGGGACUCCAGGAGGCUGCGUGGAGCUGCCACUGCUACCCCUCCUGCCAUGAUAUGUCCUUCCAUGAAGGACGGAGGAGGGGAGAGUGUGGGGCCCAGGGCUGGUGCUGCUCUUCCCCUCAGCCCUGCCACGGCUCUGAGGUCCCCUGUAUUUAUUUCUCAAGCCUGGCCAGGCUCUCCCCAGGAGUUUAGACUGAACACCUUCCAAGUGAUGGAGGGAAGGGCUGACCCCUGAGGCUUCAGAAGAUGGGACCCUGAAGUGACGCUCAUGCCAGGUCCCCUCGCCAUCCGCCGGGCCUGGUGUGGCACCUUGUGCCCCCACAGCUCCUGCCUUCUCCUCACAAGAUCCGCAGAGUCCAAAUUCAUGGUGCAGACCUCUACCUUUUUUAAAAAAAAAUCUUUUCUUAUUGUUAAUUUAUUGUUUCUGGCACUUGGGCAAGGCCUCCAGUUCAUACUCCUCCCACUCCAGACACUGGGUUUCAGGAGGAGGGAGACUGCCCUGCCCUGGCCCCAGACAGGCCCUCUCCAGAGAGAUGGCGGCCCUCUUCGGAGGACAUUACCCAGGCACAUCUCCGCAGGACGGACAGACCCAUCGAGUCUAGACCACAUCAAUCAACACAGGGAGGAGAGGGUCCCUGUCACCUUCCCUCUCUUCCUCCACUGGGCCCUUUGCAGUCCCCGCCUGCACCAUCCCCACCGCAGCUCUCUGCCCCGGCCAGCAUAGCUGCCGAAGAAGGUUGGGCCCAAUGAUUUUAGGCCAGGAAGGCCCUAAGAUGGAUGGGAGAGAAGGGUCUCCAGGCUGGAAUCUGGCUGCACCCUCUCCACUGUCCACGUGCUCCCUUUGUAAGCAAGUCAGCAGCACCACUGCCCCGGCUGCCAUCUGGACUGACUUUAUGUCGAUCUGUUUAUAAAUAAAAAACAAUAUAGAUGCCA